UCCACCUCAGGAGGGAAAGGCAGCGAGAGAAGCGCCUAAAGGAGAAGCGUUCUUGGCUUCUAAGAUGUCAAGAUCUCCAUAAGAACCUCUGUCAAGCGUACUCCGCAACCAAGGUGGAAGAAGCUCAGCUCCUGUGCCAUAUGAAGAUCCACCAUGUCUGUCAGCAUCUUCAUCGUGUGCCUUGCUAGCAUCGUCUUUGGUACCUGUAGAGGAGGGAAACUGCUUGCACCUGAAGAAGGGGAGAAAUGUCCAGAAAUGCAACACGAAGGUCUCCGGUUAGACCCGAGCAGUGACAGCCAUGUAAAUAUAACUGGAUUUAAUCUCAUUAAAAGGUUUGCACUUCUGAAGACCUCAGCCAUCAAGAAAAUCCGCAAUCCCAAAGGCCCCAUGAUCCUGCGACUGGGUAGCACCCCUCUGGUCCGAACUACAGAACAGCUGUUCCCCCAGGGCCUGCCUGAUGAAUUCACCCUGGUGAUCACUUUACUCUUGAAGAAGCAGACGACCAAAGAGAACUGGUAUCUUUUCCAAGUCACCGAUCGUCAGGGAUACCCCCAGCUCUCCCUGGGCAUCAACAGCAAAGAGCGAAGCCUGGAGUUCCAAGCCAAAGGCCAGGAUGAGGAAUUCGUCAAGGCGGUCUUCACCGGCAAAGGAGUCUCUUCCCUUUUUGACUUGAAGUGGCACAAGAUGGCCCUCAGUGUCCAAAGCCAGGUGGUCUCAGUCCACGUGGACUGCAGUUACAUCUUAUCCAAACCACUGUUACCCCGUCGGCGGUUGGUCAGCGAAGGCAACGCUUUUGUUGGCCUGGAUGCCAUCCAAGGUUCUCCCGUCUCAUUUGACAUUCAGCAGCUGCACAUUUACUGUGAUCCAGCCAUGGUGAUGCAGGAGGGAUGUUGCGAGAUCUCCGAUAACGGGUGCUUUCCCGAAGGCUCCAAAAGUCGGCGGGAUGUAGAAGUCAUCCAGAGCAAUGACCUGAUAGAGGUUAACCUUCAGACCGAAGGCAAGGUUCCUAAGCGUUGCUUCUGCUUGGAGGAAAAUCAAGGCAUGCAGGAAGAGGUGAGGGUUUCUGGGAAGACUGAUGACCAAGGAGAGAAGUGCCCUCCGUGUCCGCAGAGGUUGUCACAUGCAAAUGCCACGCUGGGUUCUCCUGGCUUAAAGGGUGGGAAAGGCGAACGUGGACCUCCUGGGGCAUAUGGAUCUAAAGGAGAGAAAGGUGACCGUGGUGCAGACUGUGUCCGGAUCUCACCUGAAGCGCCACUACAGUGUGCCGAAGGGCCGAGGGGAGAAAAAGGAGAACAUGGAGAAAAGGGACCACCCGGAUUGACAGGAAUCGGUGGACCGAAGGGUCAGAAAGGUGAGAAGGGAGACUUUGGAUUUCAAGGCAAACCUGGAAGCCCAGGGCGUGACGGACGGCCUGGGGAGAUUUGCGUGGUGGGACCCAAAGGCCAGAAGGGUGACCCAGGGUUUGUUGGACCUGAAGGGCUCGCUGGGGAGCCAGGGCCCCCAGGCCGGCCAGGGACCCCUGGAAUUGGCCUUCCAGGAAAACCGGGUGAUCCAGGUGGUCCCCCCGGUCCGAGAGGAGAAAAGGGAAGUGGAGGACCACCAGGGCCCGGCGGCUCAACCGGAAAGCCAGGGAAACCAGGAGGUCCUGGCCUGAAGGGAGAAAAGGGGGAUCCAUGUGAAGUUUGCCCAACCAUCCCAGAAGAUUUAACCAACAUUGUUAGCCUCCCUGGGAAACCAGGACCCAAAGGGGAACCAGGGCCACCAGGGAAGCCAGGCAAAUCGGAUCAACCUGGCCCUCCAGGACUCAAAGGCAACAGGGGAGACCCUGGAAUCAAUGGAAUCAAAGGGGCAAAGGGUGAGCCAUGUCUUUCCUGCAGCCCCAUGGCAUCCACGUUGCAGCCUUCGGGAAAAGAAGGGUCCAAAGAAGACCAAGGAAUGCCAGGCAUAUCCGGCCCUCCGGGGCCAGCUGGAGAAAAAGGAGAAAAGGGAGGUACAGGACCUGUAGGACCUACAGGAAAAACUGGUGGCCGUGGGAGCAAAGGGGACACUGGAGAUACAGGAGUCAAAGGCGAAAAGGGAGAGCCUUGCGAUCAGUGUUUGUCUUCUCCCGAAGGAGAAAUUACAGUGGUUGCCAAGCCAGGACCUCCAGGAAAGAAGGGAGAGCCGGGGCUUCCAGGCAUUGGGCUUCCAGGGAAAUCGGGGAAACUUGGAGAACCUGGAAUGAAAGGGCAGAAGGGUGCCACAGGAAACUCGGGCGAUCCUGGUACACCAGGCAAGCCAGGCUUGCCUGGCCUUGCAGGUGAGCCAGGAGUCAGAGGGCCAGCGGGGACCAAAGGUGAAAAAGGUGAAGCUUGUGAAUCCUGCCCCAUCUUCACUGGAGACCUGUCAGGUGUCUCUGGGAUCCCUGGAAAACCUGGUCCAAAAGGGGACCGUGGACUUCCAGGUGCAGGACAACCAGGCAAACCUGGUAAACCAGGACUUCCGGGAAUUCAGGGACCUCCUGGUUUGAAGGGGCUGCAGGGGGAGCCAGGUCCCCCCGGGACUGGAAUCCAAGGCCCAGAGGGGGAACCCGGAGAGAGAGGCUUGCCAGGAAGUCCUGGACCUCCAGGGCCACAGGGACCACUGGGAAAUGUUGGAGAAAAGGGUGCAAAGGGCUCUUCAGGUCCAAAAGGUGCCACAGGCCCCCCUGGUCCUCCAGGAGCCAGCAUCACUGGCCCACCAGGGCGAGAUGGUCAGCGGGGCAUCCCGGGAGUUCCGGGCUCCAGUGGUUUAAUGGGUGAAAAGGGAACCAGAGGUGAGAAGGGUGACCCUGGGGAAUGUACCUGCCAGCCCAGCUCCCGUGUGGAUCCAAGCCACCUCGGUCUACCGGGAGCCCCAGGAUUGUGGAUCGGGACUUCCUGGCAGCCUCAGCCAGGCCCUCAGGGACCGCCUGGCGCCCCGGGACCACCCGGCCCACCAGGAGCUCCUGGGAGACAGGGCAUCCCAGGACACAAUGGCUUGCCAGGACUGCCUGGGCCGGCAGGAAACUCGGGACCACUGGCUGCUGAGAGCAUUAAUGUGCUCAAGAACAUUUGUGGGGAAUGUGCUUACAUGCAGUCCUUCCAGACCCCUGAUGUAGUCAAAGGAGAGAAGGGAGACCAAGGGAUGCCUGGAGCUCCGGGUAUAGAUAACUGUGCACGGUGCUUUGCUGAGUUCCCCAGAGCAGAAGAAGCUCGGGGAGAUAGCGAGAAUGACCAAGAUUGUGCUGGAGCACCUGGCAUUCCCGGGAUCCCCGGCCUACGUGGAGAAAGAGGGGAGCAGGGCCCGCCUGGCUUGAGAGGCCCUCCUGGACUACCUGGCCCCCCAGGUUUUCCUGGAACGCCUGGCGCACCUGGAUUACCUGGUAUCCAGGGUGAGCGUGGACCAGCUGGGUCUCCUGGCUCUAAAGGAGAACUGGGUCCUCCAGGACAGCCCGGAUACCCCGGUGCAAUGGGUCCCCCUGGGCUACCCGGUGCUAAAGGGGAAAGAGGAUACAUUGGGCCACCUGGAGAAAAAGGAGAAUCAGGUCCUCCUGGUUUGGAUGGUCCCAUAGGUCCAGUUGGGCCAGCAGGUCCAAGAGGAGAGAGAGGCCUGCCGGGCAGCGCGGGAGAGAAAGGCGAUCAGGGAUUUCAAGGCCAGCCUGGUUUCCCGGGAUCACCUGGACCUCCAGGGUUCCCAGGAAAAGUCGGAUCACCUGGACCUCCUGGCCCCCCUGCAGAAAAGGGCAGCGAGGGGAUGCGUGGUGCUCCUGGGAUGGCUGGCCCUCCAGGGCCUCCAGGACCCCCAGGGAUACAAGGCCCCACUGGCUUGGAUGGACUGGACGGGAAGGAUGGGAAGCCGGGAUUACGGGGUGACCCUGGGACCCCAGGACCUCCAGGAAUGAUGGGACCGCCGGGUUUCAAAGGGAAGACAGGCCACCCAGGGCUCCCUGGGCAAAAGGGUGAUUGUGGCCAACCCGGACCACCAGGGAAUCCUGGCCGAAUUGGGGCUGAGGGAGAGCCAGGUCCAGUAGGACCUCAGGGUAGACCAGGUCCUCCUGGUCAUGUUGGUCCCCCUGGAAGCCCUGGGCAGCCAGGCCCGGCUGGACUUGCUGGAGUUGGUCUGAAGGGUGACAGGGGAACACCUGGAGAAAGAGGCCUCGGCGGGAUUCCAGGUCAGCCAGGGCCGCCAGGCCACCCAGGACCACCGGGUGAGCCAGGCUCAGAUGGACAAACAGGCAAAGAGGGUCCACCUGGAAAGACAGGCAUCACCGGACCAGCUGGACAGAAGGGCGAACCUGGAAGCUCAGGGGAAAGAGGAUACCCUGGAGAGAAAGGCAGGGCUGGGAUGCCUGGAGGGCCUGGGAAAAGUGGCCCCAUGGGCCCCAUUGGACCACGUGGCCUCUCCGGGGAGAGAGGACAGCCUGGCCCACCUGGUCCUUCAGGAAACCCUGGUACACCUGGAUUGCCUGGGACGAUGGGAGAUGCUGUGAAUUAUGAUGAAAUCCGGCGGCUCAUCAGGCAGGAGCUGAACAAAAUGUUUGAUGAACGGAUGGCGUAUUAUUCCUCCCGAUUACAGUUCCCAGUGGAAUUGGCUGCCCAGCCAGGAAGGCCAGGGCCACCUGGUAAGGAUGGAAUCACUGGGCGGCCGGGACCUCCUGGUGCCCCAGGAAUGCCUGGACAGAUUGGGAGAGAGGGGCGGCAAGGAGUGCCAGGAAUGAGAGGUGAACCUGGUACCAAAGGAGAGAAAGGAGACAAAGGGAUUGGAAUCAUGGGAGAGACUGGGGCCCCCGGGCCUCCAGGGAUCCAAGGACCACCAGGAUACGGCAAGAUUGGUCUUCCAGGGCCGAUGGGCCAACAGGGCAUUCCAGGCAUCCCUGGCCCUCCAGGGAUAACUGGGCCUCCUGGAAAAACUGGCCACUGCAACCCUUCAGAUUGCUUCGGCAUGAUGCCUCUGGAGCAGCCGAUGUAUCAGCCCAAAAACAUGAAGGGUCCUUUAGGCUGAAGAGCUACAUAGAUAGGUUUUCGCCCCCCACAAAAGACUCCACUGGGAAUAGCCAAAGGUCUGGUCCUUGGGACUGGUUGGAAAUUACCAUGUUUUCAUUGCUGUUCAUAUUUUGUCUCCCUCCCCCCAGCCCACCUCCAGUGGGUUUUAUUUUCUUAUGAUGGCAUUUUAAAAAGAAGUGUGUGUGUUUGUGUAUGUCUUGUAUUCUAAAGAUAUUGUCAGCAAAAGUGCAUUUUCAAAAUGGGGUUUGGCCUUCCCCGUUUCGGCAGGCAGAUUUAGUAUACUUCCAUGCCUCUUGUGUCUGUUAGCAAGGAAUGAUUCUUCUUUCAAAAGAUUAAUAAUGAACUCCAAACAGAUAAAAGAGGCUUGCACUUGGCACUAUACUAGACUCGGCGAUCAAAAGUUCCAGGAGUUGUGCAACGGUGUGAUUGGUUUCUUGCAUUCCUCCUAUUAGUUUCACAAGAGACUGGAAGACUCGUGCUGGAAAACUUCCUGAUAAAUCGUGCCCUCUGGCAUCAGUACCAGUGGAAACUGGAGAAUCUUGAGAAAUAAGAAUUGGAGGGGAAAGUUCUAAAACGAAAUUAACGGUCAUUUUUUAAAAGUGUAGACCUUCAAAGUUUCCCUUUAGCAACAACAAUGAUCUUGACUAUUUUUAAUUGUUGAGACUAAUGGGGUAUGGUUUUGAAGUAUUUUUUUUUAAAUGUACCUUAAACAUACUGUCUCCCACUGGUAAAACAGUAAGGAUCUCCUUGAAUCUAAAGAGUAGUAUCAAAAUUAGCUUCAAGCAAAGUGGGGGUUUGUUUUUUUGAGGGGAGGUCUCCUGUAUCGUGAUGCAUUUACAUUUUUUUCCAAAUGGGAAAACUUAAUAUCUGUUGUGUGAAACGUGAUGUAUGAAGAGUGGGUGGCUGUGGAGAAUGAACCUUUUUAUUUUAUUGGAAUCAGUGACUUUUCUUCAAUAAUACUGUAGCAACACUCCGUCAUUUCCAUCAAAUGUAUUUUUCAUCCAAACACACACACACCCCAAAUCUCAUCCCCUAUUCAACCCUAAUUUGGAUUGUGAGCAGUAGAGAUGGCAGAAGGAAGCAGAUGAACAAAAACAGUACGGGGAGGAGGUGCCUCUUUUAAAGGGCCUACAAUACACACACACACCUCUGGAUCUUCUGAAGGGAAUAAAUAAACUGCACACAAAAACUCUCUCCCUUGGUAAAGAACUCCCACCCUCCUGUUUCUAGAAGGAUGUUACUUAAGACCUCAAACUAGCUGUCGUCCAAGCUUUUUAAUGCUGUACCUGAUUGCCAGGUAUUCUCCAGACAAAAACUAGCUCCCCUUCCCCACCACAUGACACAAGGCUAGCUAAAGUAAACGUGUGGCUUGAAUCCUUUAUCCAGGAGGGUAAGUAGCAGAGAUUCAUCAUUGCUCCAUCUAGGCCAUCUUCCCUAAUGGUUAGCCAUCCUAAUUAUUUAAAUAAAUGAUGCCUUGUUUCCUAA